CGCCGGGGGAGCGCCCAGCGGAGGGCAGGGCCGGUCGGGGCUUCCUCCCUCGCCGCGGUCGGCGCUGGCGUCCUGGGAAACCCGCCCGGCAUCCCGGUGCUCCCGUGGGCUGCUGCGGGAAACAGCGGCCGGCGGCGGCCGAGCGAGCCGGAGUUUCCCAGUUAUCCGCAGGAGUCGGCGKCGGGCUUUGGGCUCUGUUGUUGCUGGCACCGGCGGGGAGCAUCYUUCGGAGAAGCUGCUCCGAGCCCAGGGAAAACRAAAUGAAGGAACUAGUGUCAAACAGUACAACCAGUAUAUCUCAAGCCAGGAAAGCUGUGGAGCAAUUAAAAAUGGAAGCCUACAUGGAUAGAAUGAAGGUAUCCAAGGCUGCAGCAGAUUUAUUGGCAUAUUGUGAUGCACACAUUGGAGAAGAUCCCCUUAUUAUUCCUGUACCUGCAUCUGAAAAUCCCUUUAGGGAGAAGAAACUCUUUUGUACUAUCCUUUGAAUCAGUUUUUAAUUAAAAAAGUAAUCUGCUAAAAUUUGGUAUCAGUGUUGCAUGCUUACAGUAUUUUUUUCUUCAGAUGUCAAUACUUACCUAUAGCUACARUAUUUUUGGAAGGCAGUGCAAUAUCUGCUAAAAAAACCAAAACCUAAAAUUUAAAAAGAAACCUAAAAAAUUUGAGGUAAUUUUUAUCUUUCAGAGGAAUGUACAAGUUUACUUYCAGUUCUUCAUAAAUAUUCCUUUGGUCUUAAUGAAAGUAUUGAGUACAGUAUCAAAUUGUAGAUAUCUUUGCCAGUCAUAGAUUUUUCUGAGACYCAAAUGAGUCAUUCCAAUUCUUGAAGCUAUUUUUAACAUUCUUAUUUUCUUUGGAAGGUGAAUUUAAUUCAUUUGCCUUUACAAAUUUCUGUCUAAGGAGAGUAGUAUGACCUUUUCCACAAGUAGCACUAUUUAGGAAAAAGUUCCAGUGGUUUGCAAUGCUUGGAAUGAUGAUUCUUAUACAGUAAGUGAUGUUUAUAAAUAUGUUUUCUGAAGUCUGUAAGAAACUUGACUACAAAAACAAUCUUARUAAAGUGCCAUUGUAGCUACAAGCAGAAUGAAGAUGUAUAGUCACACACAGGAUUGCAUCAAUAAAGCUGUAGAAAAAUGUGGUUGCUUGUAUAUCU